AUAAAACGCAUUGUGUAAUGUCAGUCAAACAGGCGUCAUCAAAUAUACUCUCCGAAUUUAUUGAGGUGUUAAUUCACAACAUUUUGUACGCCAGAAAAGUGUAUCCUGAUACGAUAUUCUCUCGACGAAGGAAAUACGGCAUUCCAGUGUUCCAAUGCAUUCAACCCGAUGUAAAUAAUUACAUUAAUGAGGUAUUAAAAGCCGUGACAUUCCACACGAGGAGGAACCAACUCAAGAAGCUGUUUGUGUGUUUCCACUCCGGGGGUGCUCUAAUAGAGAAAUAUGUUUUCGAUAUUAUUGAUGUUAAAAAUUUGACAGAUAGUGAUCCUUUUUUGGUGAAUUGUGAACAAUUUAUGCGCGAUUUUAUCUUGAGACUACACAAUACGUUAAGUUAUUUGGAUAAUUUAACUGAGGACUCGACUUUCAGUAUACGACUCGAAGUUUCCGAGUAUUCCAACUUGGAAUUCAACCAAGAUCCAAACUAUGAGGAUUUCCCUUGGUUGCAAUUGCAUGAAAACGAAGACAAUCCUUCCGAUAUAGUGCCAGUUCAUUCGAUCCUUACGAGUAUUUUCAAAUUGCAAGUUUAUAUUGAGAAGACCUGUUGA